GGGGGGGGGGCUAGAAUUCAAGAGCGGGUAACAGUUAAUGCGAAGAGCCGGCACUCGAGGGUGAGACAGAAGAGGAACCGAGCGGCGACCGUUGGAGAUUAGGAAGGAGGUGGGGUCGGUGUCGGCAUGGAAACGACUCAAGCCGCUCGCCGUCCCGGCGCGGGGGGCUGAUCGUCGCCGGGGGGUCUGAGAAACCCGUCCGGCUCGGGCAAGGAGACGCGUGCGCGCCGCCGAGCUCCGUCGCCGUGCCGACGAACACGACCCUGAGGAAGACUUUCCCCCGCCGCCGCCGCCGUCGCCUUUUCUAACUUCCUUCUCCCGCCCUCCUCUCGGAUUUUUGUCAACGCUCCUCUCUCUCCCUCUGGUCCCUCCCCUCUGGCGCACCGGGAGCAGAGGCAGGAGGGGCGGCGGGGAGCGGGGGGUUCCUGUCCUGCUUCGUCGGACGAGCGGAACGGCCCCCGUGGCCAGCGGACUCAGGAAGCAGGGGGAGGGAAGCACGACAAGUAGUGGAGCAUCUUGUUCCGCUCUUGGUUCCGUACGAGAGUGGCUGGAGAGAGAGAGGGGGGUGUAUGACCGUGUGCUUCUGCUCGUGCUUGCUUGUGUGUGUUUAGGCGUGUGUGUGUGUGUGUGUGUGUGUGUGUGUGUGUGUGUGUGUAAGCGCACCUGCUGCACCUGCGGCCCCUGUGGAUUAACCCCUUCCCCCCUCCCCCCUCCGCCCCGCCCCGCCCUGGCUCUUCAUGUUGUGGGCCUGGUCCCUCCAGACCGGGCCGGGGGAUGACCUGUUCUCCGCUGCAUUAGGAGCGCUGCUGGCCGGCAUGGCCCUGGAAGGGCCCCGCUGCCCCCGACGGGGCUCCCCCGGGGGGGCUCUGGCCGGGAGGAGGAGGGGGCGUGGCCGGCGGGCGGUCCGCGGGACCGGCCGGGCCACGGCGGCCUUCGCGGCCAGGACGCACCUCCACGGGCUGAGGCAGGUGUGCUCGCCGGGGUCCUCGCCCCGGCGCCGCGUCCUCUGGCUGCUGGCCGUCUGCGCCUGCCUGGGCCUUCUGCUCUCCUGGUCCUCCAACCGCUUGCUCUACUGGCUCUCCUACCCCACCUACACCAAGGUGCACAUGGAGUGGGCCAAGGAGCUGGCCUUCCCCACCGUCACCGUCUGCAACAACAACCCCGUGCGCCUCUACCGGCUCACCAAGAGCGACCUGUACUUCGCCGGACACUGGCUGGGCCUCCUCAUGGCCAACCGGACCGCCCGUCCCAUGGUCUCCGACCUGGUGCAGGAGGACAGGCGCGCCUGGUUCCAGAAGCUGUCCGACUUCCGCCUCUUCCUGCCGCCGCGGAACUUCGAGGGGACCAGCCGGGACUUCCUGGAUCGGCUCGGCCACCAGCUGGACGACAUGCUGCUGUCCUGCAAGUACCGCGGGGACGAGUGCGGGCCCCAGAACUUCUCCACCGUCUUCACCAGGUACGGGAAGUGCUACAUGUUCAACGCGGCGGAGGAAGGGAAGACGCUCCGCACCACGGUGAAGGGGGGCACGGGGAACGGGCUGGAGAUCAUGCUGGACAUCCAGCAGGACGAGUACCUGCCCGUCUGGGGCGAGACAGAGGAGACCGCGUUCGAGGCAGGGGUCAGAGUUCAGAUCCACAGCCAAGCAGAGCCCCCUUUCGUCCACGAGCUGGGAUUCGGAGUGGCCCCGGGAUUUCAGACCUUCGUCGCGACGCAGGAGCAGAGGCUGACGUACCUGCCCCCGCCGUGGGGGGAGUGCCAGUCGAAGGCCCCGGACUCGGGCUUCUUCCCGGUCUACAGCGUGACGGCGUGCCGGAUCGACUGCGAGACGCGCUACAUCGUGGAGAACUGCAACUGCCGCAUGGUGCACAUGCCAGGCGAUUCUCCCUUCUGCACUCCGGAGCAGUACAAGGACUGCGCCGAGCCUGCCUUGGCGACGUUGUCGGAGGAGAACAACAACUGCCUCUGCCGGACUCCGUGCAACACCACGCGCUACAACAAGGAGCUCUCCAUGGUGAAGAUCCCCAGCAAGACCUCGGCUCGGUACCUGGAGAAGAAGUUCAACAAAUCCGAGAAGUACAUAUCGGACAACAUCCUGGUCCUGGAUGUGUUUUUUGAGGCCCUCAACUACGAGACCAUAGAACAGAAGAAGGCCUAUGAAGUGGCGGGUUUACUGGGCGACAUCGGUGGCCAGAUGGGACUGUUCAUCGGCGCCAGCAUCCUGACGAUACUGGAGGUGUUCGACUACGCCUACGAGGUGAUGAAGGAGAGGCUGCUGGAGCUGAUGUGCAGAGAGGAUGAGGAAGGUAGUCACGGGGAGGACGUGAGCACCUGCGAUCCAGUGGGGAAUCACUCGGAAGGCAUCAGCCACACUGUGAGCGUCCCCCUGCAGUCCACGCUGGGAACGCUGGAGGAGAUCGCCUGCUAAUGACCAGGCCAGCGCCUCCUCCGCGCGCUCCCCCCUGACCGGGACGGAGAUCACAGGAACGCGGGGGGGUGGGUGGGGUGGAGGGGGGGAGGAGCCGAGCCCCCCCCCCCCCUUUCAACAGACUGCACCGUCUCCUCGGAGCGGAAGCCCUUCGAGGCACAGCCGAAUCAAAGACACGCGCCCCGGUCGUGUGCCGUCCUACACCGCACAGAGCACAACGUCGGAGCGCGAGGCCCCGCCUCCCGGACUCGAGCGCGGCCUUUUUUUCCGGCGGUCGAGCGAGAGCCCUCCCGCUCUCUCUCCGUCCCGCGGAGAGGUCCGCCACGGCGAAACGGCUCGAUCGGCCGAAAGGACGCGCGUCUGUAUAUAGGAUUUGUGUACACCAGUCGCUCUGUAACGUCUGUUCACGGUCUACUGCCAAAUUGUACAUUGUCAAACCGUCCUAUUUGCAUGUGGGUUCUUUGGAUACCGUUCUUUUUAAUGACGCUGCUUACUUUUGCGCUUACUUUUCUCUCUCUCUCUCUCUCUGUCUCUCGCUCUCUGUAUGGCUUGUAAGGCGGGGUUCGUUCGGGCCCGGCUCUUUGACGAGGUCGCCGCCCGUGACUGUUGCACCCUGGGACGGCUUUCUUUGUUAAUUAAAAAUGUGUGUGCGAUGAGCUCUCUCUGUGUGCGCGUUACUGGCUGCACUCGUUUAUAAUUUUGUCUAAUAAAUAAUUGGUCUACUGUA